AUGUCCCUGAGGUUGAUCUAUCUUUCCCCCAUCAUUUCCCCUUCAAUUUCAUCCGAUUUGGUGCAAAUCCGAGGAUUUUCAGUCCGCCCGUGGUCAAAAUCGACGAACAGGCUCGAGCUGUUCUUGCUGGCCCGGCACUGCCGGCCCUGUUUCUGCGGCACUGCCGUGCCCGCCGGCACUGCCGGUGCCUCAUCAGCGGCACUGCCGCUCGCGCCCACCUCCAGCACCGCUGCCGGCCACCCGCCCCCACUACGCCCCGCUCGCUCGGCCAAGCCCCGCAGCGAGCCGCCCAACCUCCACGCUGCUGCCGCGCCACACUCGCCCGGCCACCACGCGCGCAGCUCCACGCCCAGCCCUUCACCACGCUGCCGCGUCUCGCCUCCUUCCGCAGGUCAACACCCAGUGCCGCGCCUUCCACUCCUCGCUCGCGUCGCGCGCAGCGCCCAGCCUCGCCCCAUCGCUCACAGCCGCCGCGCCCACCAGUUCCUGCCGCCCACGCCUUGGCCCUGCGCCCGCCGACCACCACCACGAGCAGCAAAGCCGCCGGCCGCCGCGAACCGCCUGACCCGCGCCCCUGCUACCACCUUGGCCGGCCCGCACCUGCUCCACGCCAUCCGCUCUUGGCCAGCUCGAGCUAAAGCACCACCAGGCCUCACCACUGCCGCCCCACGCCUCUGCAUCAGCAGCACGCAGCGCGUCACCAGCUCGCUCUCCACGCACGCGCCAAGCAGCUUCUGUGUGUGCAAGCUCACCAAGCCACGCCCUCCAAUCCACGCAGCAGUGGUAGCAUCAAUUCCAGCUCGCCCGCACCGGCAGUGCCGGCCGAAUCGCCCCGGCAGUGCCGGCCUAUGCACUCCGGCAGUGCCGCUCGUCCCAACCCGGCAGUGCCGGCCCUGA